GAAUGAACUUAUUUCCGCCAGAGGGCGGGGCCGGGCCAAUAUGGCCGCCGGGACGAGGCCCGUUGAGCUUCCUGAAGAACAGCAGUGUCAAUCUGCCAUGACCUACGCACCUGGGCCUUCGGGACCACGCUGCCGCUCUGGGAAUCUUAGGAGCACGAGCAACCUGUCAAAGGUUCUGGAACCUAGAAAGCAGCCACAGGCCCAGCAGCCUGUGCCUUUGCCUUUCCUUGUGCCCAGAGACGGCGCUUUCAUUAGCUGGUGGGAGACUGAGGCUCAACCUGGGGGCCAGCCCUGAACUAUACAGUCAGUGAGCACUGAGAGAGUCAGUGGACCGGCAGCCCUCAGAGCAUUGCCUCCAUCUCCCAACGGCAUCCAUUAGGUCCUUGCGGAUGUGUGUGACUUCCAGAGGGUAAACCCACACCGCUGGGAUCGCCAGGAAGGUCUUUAGCCCCAGGAAGAAGCUGAGUGAGAAGAACAGAGGGAGCCACUUUACAUACAGUUGAUCUUCAUGCCACACGCAGCCUGGAAGUUGGUCUUUUAUCACCUAAGUUCAGAAAAAUAGAUAAAACCAUCUAUCAGCCUAUGAGGGUAUAUAUCACCCGAACGCAUUAAAGAGCAUUGUGUCUCUGCUUUUCUGCAGCUGGGAGGAUUUGCUUAAUGGGAGCAGAACUGCGAGAGAAACGCAUCUUAUCCCGUUGGUGGAAAUACGUUGAAGAAUGAAGUUUCCGGCAACUAUGAUGACACAAUGUCUAAUGACAGUGUGCAUUGUCACCUUUAAUAGGAAGAAAUGAGUGCUCCAAUGUGUUACAGUUCUAGCUGUUACUAAGCAGCAAAGGUUCUGUUUUGUUUUGUUUUUCUGUCCUGGUCUGUUACUGCCCUGUGUGGAUUUUGGUUAAGAAAAAAAUUCUCACCUUUAAAACAGAAAGGAAACCCUACUGUGUAAAUAUUUAAAAAGCCAAGUCAAUAAUAUUAUGAUAGGUUAACCAGUUCUCAACUAUUGGAAGUAUAUGUUUUGUGGUUACGGAGAAAGGAGUCAUCAGAAACUAUUUAUAGUCAUCCAAAAUUCUACAAGAGAGAAAGGCCAUGGAUAUGUACUCACAGCACACCCCUGGGAAGAUAAGUAUCUCUGAACAGCCCAUUCUUUCCAGAAUAAACCCUGUGGAGAAUAUAGAUUACCCACAUUACUGGAACCUCUUAAGAAAAAUGAACAUGCCUUUUGUGAAAGGAGUUGAGGACAGACAUGACUUUGGCAGAAUGGAAAAGAAAUGCAACCCCAGCUUCCUUAAAUUUCACCCUUAUCCUGCUUCAGGAGUGCCAGAUUAUCACUUACACUACCCUUACCCCCCACCACAUGGGCCAGACUAUCCAUUAUUUCCACUUCGUGAUGAUGUGCCCUUAGGUGACCCCUGUUCAGGGUUUUUGAGUCCUGGGGCUGAUGCUGAUUUAAAACCUGACAUUGGCAGAACCAUACCAAGCCUGGUGGACUUCAGUGAUGUGAAACCUCAACAACGAGUUCCCAGGCCAGACACUGGAUUGCAGACGACACUGAAAAGGCAAACACUUUUCUUAGACGAAUUGAAGCAAGACAGGAAAUGGAACUCUAGGGCAACACCAGACAUUUCCAUCAGAGCAAGACUUGGAGGUUGGACGAGCCCACUGAAAGUCCCGCCUCCACCGCAUCGUCAUGAAGGGUGCUCAAUAAAUCACACAUAUACAUUUGAUGAGGAAGCUACGUGCACGGAUGAUGGCGAACCACUUUCACAACCAAACAAGAAAUACAAUGCAAAGGACUGCUUUUAUAAGUCCUCUACACAAAAAGCUUACGAAGUUGUUCCCUGGGACAAGAUGCUGCCACCAAAACUCGGUCCAGAAGAAACGACAGUGGAGAAAGCCACCGACCCCGUCACACAGUGUUUCACACUGAAAAGAUACGAGAGGGCACCUGCCCUCACGCAGAUGGUUGGUGGACUCUGGGACAGAUUUCAGACAAGAUCUUUCUCGGUGCCAGUCAAACCAGUGAAUUUUGUGAGUCCAAGUUCUAGAAGCAAAUACAUCCCUCUCUACACUGGCCAUGUGCAGUCCACCAACACCGACGAUGUGGACAACCCCUGUGGGGACAGCAAGUCUCUGGCCAAGCCACGGCACUCCCAAAUCCUCUGCACAAACACAAGUUGGUAAAACGAGUCACACAGAGAGUGUGUUAAGAGCCAUGGUGACAUGAGGAUGAAGAAGGCGAAGGCUUUGCCCUCCCACCCCCGGGGACUCUGCGGGGCUGACAAGCUCAUGCACAGUGGUUACAACGUAAAGCGGGUGAGCCGAGUCCCCGGAAAGGCCAGCUGACUGCUCCCAAACCCUCCCAUGCACCAAGGGACCACUGCCACCUGGGGACUUGGAGUCUCAGUCUCCCCCGUGUGAUGUUCAGCUGAGUCCUGAGGAAGGGUCAGCGGGUGUGAGUCUUCGAUCAAUUCUGAAAAGAAAUUAUUGCUGUUAAAUGUAGCCAUUCUAGAAAUGUUAAAGCAAGGAUGCAGGAUAAACCAAUUUUAAAAUAUUCGACAGGCAUGAAAAUGUAAUAAUGUUUCUGCUUUGAAAUGGCCAGGCAAAUGUUGAGUAGUUCUGUGAGACAUUCUCUGGGGUCCCUCUCAGAGAGUGAAGAGCAGGCCACAGCAUUUUCCACGUGACAUUCACCACUUAACUUGAAUAGAUUUGGGGGAGUGCUUUCCACCUCAUUUUGCCAUUCACUCCGUCGUUUUAAGUUUUGUUAUUAUGUAUUGGUGUCAAGCAUACGACUUAGUGGUUGGACAAUAGUGCGCUUUAGAGGGGGUUCCCCUCGACCCCUCCGGUGCCCACCCGGCCCCAUACAUGUCACUGAGAUAUAAUUGACUGCGCUUUCUGUGCUGUGCUUACUUCUCCCAGACUAUUUCAUAACCACCCAUUUGUGCUUCUUAGUCCCCUCACCUCUCCCACCCAGCCCCCAACCCCUCCCCUCCUGCAGCCAUCAGUCUGUUCUCUGUGUCUACAAGUCUGUUUCUGUUUUGUUUGUGCAUUUGUAGUGCCCUUUAGAUUCCACGUCUACGUGCAGUCACGGUGUCUGUCCCUCUCUCGCCGACUUAUUUCACUAUAUUGUUACGCCCUCUGUCCAGGUCCAUCCCUGCCGUCCCAAAGGGUAAGGUCUCCUUCUCUUUCACAGUGAAGCAGCAUUCCACUGGGCAAGCGCACCACAGCUUUUUCCAUGCUGGGCACUUGGGUUGCUUUCAUAGCAUGGCAAUUGUACGUAGCGCUGCUGUGAAUGUGGGGUGCUCAUGUUCUUUCAACUUAGUGUUUUGGGUUUCUUUAGAUAAAUCUCACCUGCAAUCACUGGGUCACAGGCAGAUCCAUCUUUAAUUUACUGAGGAAACUCCACACUGUCUCCCACAGCAGCUGCAGCAGUCUGCA